GACGGGGGGCGCCCCCCGGGGAGGCGAGCGGCGGCGCGGGGGCAGCGGUGGCGGCGGACGCCUGCCGGGUGGUUCCAGUCGGCCCCGGAGCCAGCGGCUCCAGCGCCAGACCCUCCCCGGGAUCCCCUCCGUCCCCGACAACAUCGUGGGAGCGUGAGGGUGGGGGGGCCUGCCCGGGACCCUGCGGGCACGGGGCCGGCGCGGCCGGUAGUGCGGGAGCUCCGGUGUUGUCCGGGCGCCGGAACCGCCCCUUCCCGCCGUCCCGAGCCCCGCGGGGCCCCGUGUCCUGCGCGGACGCGCCACCUUAAGCGGGCGCCGGCGGACGGGGCGCUCGGGGCCGGCGGCAGCUCCACCAGCCAGGGACCGCCGGGGGCCGCCGGCGCCUCCCGCCCGCUCCCGCCUCUGCCCCGCCCCCGGCCCCAUGGGGGGCGAGCGGAGACCCCGCGGCCGGCGGGCCGCCCCCCGCGCCCGCCCGCCCGACGGCAGCCGGCUUCGCCCCGCCUGAGCCGCUCGGCGCUCCCGCCGACCCGCCCCCGCCUCCGCGCCGGCCCCCGCGGCCCGGCCGCCCUCCUGCUGCCGGCACCGGGGCGAGGGACCCCCGAGGAGCCCCGGCGAGCGGCGGGGGGAGCCCCCCCGCCGGGGGCGGGGAGACGGGCGGGGAGCGGGGGCUGGGGAGCGGCGGGGCCGGGGCCGGGGCCCGCGCCCUCAGGAUGUUCCCGCAGGGACGGCACCCGACCCCCCUCCAGCCUGGGCAGCCCUUCAAGUUCUCGGUCCUGGAAAUCUGCGACCGCAUCAAGGAGGAAUUUCAGUUCUUGCAGGCUCAGUACCACAGCCUGAAGCUAGAAUGUGAGAAGCUGGUGAGCGAGAAGACGGAGAUGCAGAGACAUUAUGUCAUGUACUAUGAGAUGUCCUACGGGCUGAACAUUGAAAUGCACAAGCAGGCGGAGAUUGUCAAGAGACUGAGUGCCAUCUGCGCCCAGAUUAUACCUUUUCUGACGCAGGAGCACCAGCAGCAGGUCCUGCAGGCUGUGGAGCGGGCCAAGCAGGUGACCAUGGGAGAACUGAACAGCAUCGUGGGGCAACAGCUUCAGCACCUCUCCCACCACGCAUCCCCCAUCCCGCUGACAUCCCACCCCUCCAGCAUGCAGCCUUCUAGCCUCAGCGGGGUCAGCAGCACCUCGGGGCUUCUGGCCCUCUCCGGGGCAUUGAUGGCACAGUCUCAGCUGGCUGCCAAGGAGGACAGAGUGGCCCAGGAUGGGGAGAACAGAGAGCGCACCCCGAGCCGGAGUGUUUCUGCUUCCCCUCCUGAGAGCCUGCAGGAUGAGGAGCGGACAGGAGGCAUGGGGCUGAAGCGGAAGCGGGAGGAGAAAGACCUGCCUGGGCAUUAUGAUAGCGAUGGGGACAAGAGUGACUACAACCUUGUGGUGGAUGAGGACGCCCCCUCGGAGCCCGGCAGCCCCGGCCGCGCACCCAGCAGCCGGCUCCCGCCAGCCCACCGGGAGAUGCCCGAGAGCCCUGCCUCCAUCACCUCUAGCCGGAGCGCGACGCCCCUCAAGCCGAAGGACCAGAGUCUGACCGACCCUCCAGCCAGCGCGCCCACCUCCAAGCCCUCUGCUUCCUCGCCACCCCACGACUCUCUCACGCCUGGGCCCAGCUCGGCCGCCCUGCUCCGGCAGCUCCCUGCCAAAGCACCCGCCACCAACACCAUCACUCUCCGCAGCCCGCUGAGCGUGUCCAGCCCCUACACGGCCUCCUUUGGGAUGGUGCCCCACGCCACCCUCAGCGGGGAGCUCCCAGCCCCCAGCGUGUACAUGGGCAUCCACCUCUCGCCGCAGGUCAGCAGUGCUGUGAUGUACGGCCGGUCCCCGAUGGUGGCUUUUGAGUCACACCCUCAUCUGAGGGCUUCCACCAUCUCAUCUUCACUCUCCACCAUCCCUGGAGGGAAACCCGCCUACUCCUUCCACGUCAGCGCUGACGGGCAGAUGCAGCCGGUGCCUUUCCCGCCCGACGCCCUCAUCGGCUCCGGCAUCCCCCGCCACGCGCGGCAGCUCCACACCCUGACCCACGGCGAGGUGGUCUGCGCCGUCAGCAUCAGCAGCUCCACACAGCACGUCUACACCGGGGGCAAGGGCUGUGUGAAGGUGUGGGACGUGGCGCAGCCGGGCACCAAGACGGCCGUGGCUCAGCUGGACUGCCUGAACCGUGACAACUACAUCCGCUCCUGCAAGCUGCUCCCCGACGGCCGGAGCCUGAUCGUGGGCGGGGAGGCCAGCACCCUCUCCAUCUGGGACCUGGCGGCCCCCACGCCCCGCAUCAAGGCCGAGCUCACCUCCUCUGCCCCCGCCUGCUACGCCCUGGCCAUCAGCCCCGAUGCCAAAGUCUGCUUCUCCUGCUGCAGCGACGGCAACAUCGUGGUGUGGGACCUGCAGAACCAGACCAUGGUGAGGCAGUUUCAGGGCCACACGGAUGGUGCCAGCUGCAUUGACAUCUCUAACUAUGGCACCAAGCUGUGGACGGGGGGGCUGGACAACACAGUGCGGUGCUGGGACCUGCGGGAAGGGCGGCAGCUGCAGCAGCACGACUUCAGCUCCCAGAUCUUCUCCCUGGGGUACUGCCCGACGGGGGAGUGGCUGGCGGUGGGCAUGGAGAGCAGCAACGUGGAGAUCCUGCAUGUGACCAAACCUGAGAAAUACCAGCUGCACCUCCACGAGAGCUGCGUCCUCUCCCUCAAAUUCGCCUCCUGCGGGAAAUGGUUUGUGAGCACGGGGAAGGACAACCUCCUGAAUGCCUGGCGAACACCCUAUGGAGCCAGCAUCUUCCAGUCUAAAGAGUCCUCGUCCGUGCUGAGCUGUGACAUCUCCAUCAACGACAAAUUCAUUGUUACGGGCUCUGGGGACAAGAAGGCUACAGUGUAUGAGGUGGUAUACUGAGGCCCCCCUCCAUCACCAUCCAUCGGGGAAGGGGCCAGGCCUUGCCCAAAGCCUCUGGGGCUGGCAGACGUCUCCAGUGCUGGGCCAGACCCCCCCGCAGCUUCCCUCCCUCUCCUUUCAGUUGCCAAAACAAGGCCAGGGCCCCGUCCCUGCUCUCCCUGUCCCAGUUCCUGUCUGGGGCAUGGCAGAGGUGGAGAGCUGGGGGUGAGCGCUCGCUGGGGCCAGGUGCACCCCCAAGCUGGGCAGGGCCUCCUCGAGCCCGUCAGUCCAUCAGGGCUGGAGGCACGGGGAGCAGGAGGACUGUUGGGGUGCAAGGCAAGGCCAAGCGUGACGGAGGUAGUGUUGCUUUUGAAAUACUGCUACUGAUUUAAUGGCACCCGUUUUCUGCUGCAGAAACAGCUGUAACUUAUCACUAAAGUAUUUAACUGUGUUUUCAAGCCCUUACUAAUAAAACAGAACAAAAAAAAGGGGCUGGUGUG